AUGGUCACAUUGGAAGAAAAUCAGUAUGUGCGUGAGGGUCGCAUUCAUGCUCGGCUCGACAUUGCUCACACUUAUAAUGACAAACACAUGAUUGAGCUUGCUGGUCAUGAAUUUAUUGUGUAUCCAAAUGUUUUCAGUCCUGCAGUAUUUCUUCUAUCAGAUAAUGUCGUUGAAACAUGGCUGCAUCUCAUCAAAAUAAUAAAACCUGAAUCAAUACUGGAAAUUGGUUCUGGAGCUGGUUAUCUGGCCAUUCUUGCUGCUCUUCAUGGUGCUAACCGUGUCACAGCUACUGACAUUACUGAAGAAGCAGUGAACAAUAUUCAAGCUAAUAGCGAAAAACAUAAUUUAGAACAUCGCAUACGAGCUGUUUGUGGUAGUGUUUUUGAACCAUUCGAUAAAAAUGAUCAAUUUGAUGUUAUUUUUUGGGAUAUACCAUUCUGUCAUAUUAAUAAGCCAACGGAAGAACUCAAUGCACUCGAACGUACAGUUUUUGAUCCAGGCUAUAUGCUUUGUGAGGCAUAUUUGAAAGGAGCUCGAGAACAUUUAACAGAUACUGGUCGUGCUUUUAUGGCUUUCUCACAAAAGUUAGGUCAUCCAGCAAAAUUAUUAGAGUUAACUAACAAAUAUGGCUGGUGUUUGCAGCUCGUACCAAAUCCUAAGCAAACGACAUCGAAUUCCGAUGCUAUAUACGAUAAUAAUGUCGAUAUCAACAUGUACGAGUUAAUCAAAUUAUGA